UCCAAUCAAUACAAUUGAAGAAGUUUUGAACAUGACUUAUGAGGUCUCCACUUGGAUUUUAGCCACUAUAGUGUCUGUUGAUGUUGGCACCCGCGAUUGGUAUUAUGCCUCGUGUAAGAAUUGUCCUAGAAAAGUUGUGGAGAAUAAAGGUCGAUAUUAUUGUGAGCAUUGUCGAAAAGUGGGAUUUAAUGCUCCAUUGAGGUAUCGACUUAAUGUUGUAGUCAUUGAUGGGACUGGAUGCAUUAAUAUAAUGCUUUGGAAUCAAGAGGCAAAAAUCAUUCUCGGAAAAUCUGCUAAUGACAUAAGGGAUCUAAUGAAAGAUGGUGAUGAGAAUGCCUGCUUAAAAGCUUUUGAACCUAUAAUUGAUAGGAAGUUUCUUUUUAAAUUGUCUAUCUCACAGAAAAAUCUGACCUCUGUGGACCAAGCUUAUAAUGCUGUUAAGAUUAGUGAUGAUGAGGCACUGAUUGAUCUCUAUUCAUCCCACAGUUCUUCCAUAGAUAUUGGAGUUCGUAUUUAAAUUAUGACUCAUUAUUAAACUGUCCAUUGCAGUUUCCAUACUCUUAAAGGGUGUAUUCGUAACUAAAAUUGGAAUUCAUGUGAUGCAGGGGGUUGAACAAGGCCUUUCAAACGUAGUGUCUACAACUGGAAAUAAUGACCUUGACUUAGAUGGGAAUGGAGCUGCUAUUGUUUCACUAUCAAAGGUCAAGAUUCCAUUAGAACCCAAUAAGAUAUUGCAAAUUCUGUUGCAUUGUAGAACCCAAUAUUUGAUAUUGUAAAUCCUGUUGCACUCAUGCAGGAUUCUGGCAUUGAGAGCAUCUUUGAAAGCGGGUUAGAUACUCCUGGUAAAUGUGUUAUAGCAGAUUCUGCUCCAAGCUUGGGUGUUAGUGGACUUACUAAUCCGGAAGGCCAGGGAUCCAGUAAUAAGACUUUCAAACGUGGUUCUACCAAGAGGAAAAUUGAGUGAUUCACUCAAUUUGGGAUAUGUAAUGUGAUUGUACACAUUUGUUGGCUUUAGUUUAGUUGCUAUGGGUAUUUAUCCUUAUGAAACUCAGUGUUAUGAACUUAUGUAUAUUGCUGUAAUGACCUUGGGUGUCCAUGAACAAUGUCAUAUCAAAGUUUUAACGUUUUGUAAUUUACUUUUACUCUAAAUUUUCUUUUCUUUUUUAAUCGACUUUCAU